AUGACGACAAGCCAGCUUUCCGAAGGACAGACAGCAGGAGCUCUCUUUGCACCCGUGCAAAUAAAGAAAGAACCACAGUUGGAGGCUGCAGGUUUCCUUCCUCGGCCCUUUACCUCAUCAACUCCUUUCCAAUAUUCUCUGCUGGCCCCCGAGGCACUGACAGUUGACGUCUUUGCUCCUGCAACCUUGAUGGUUCUCGAAAUCAAGAAGCUCACGGAGAAGGGUGACCUUGAGAAGCUGACCUUGACGAAGAAGGCUGCCAAGUUGGAUGGCCGCCGGCCACUGCAUGUCGACAACGUGUGCCACAUCGCCGAGGAGCGUACCAUCAUCCAAUCUGGCGAUGGCUCCAGAAAAGAUCGACUGAAGAAGGGAGAGGAGUUCAGUGUGGAUGAGCGGCCCGGAAUCCUGGACAAGUUUGCGGAGGCUGACUGGGAGACCUCCGAGGGCCUUCUGAAAGAGUACGGCCACAUCCUCAUGGAUGGCUAUGCGAACAGCUACUUCAUGCUGGAAGCCUUGGAUGCCGAAAUGCGAGGGGAAAGGUCCCUCAUGAUGAGGUUGGGGCGCCAGGGGCAGAUCUUGUCGCAGAUCCAUCAGCUGGCCGAGCCGAUGAAGAGGCCUCCGCGGGACUUGGUGCCGCGGUUCUUCGAGCGCUUCGAGCACGAGACCUCGCGAGCAGCUUUCGAAGAAGGGGUGAACCACUUCACCACGAACAUCAUCCAACGGGCGGUGGUCAAGAAAGAGGCCGCUGCCAAGAAGAAGGCCGAGGCUGAGACCGAAGGCCUCGAGAAGUUCGAGGCGAAGCCGCUGGUGGAAGCUAUGCACGACAUGCCGAAGGAGGAUCGCAUGGGCCCGGGCGGCCUGGAUCCUGUGGAGGUGUUCGCCUCCCUCCCCGAGGUGCUGCAGCGCUGCUUCAAAGAAGGCGACGUGGAGCUGCUAAAGCAAGUGGCGCAAGAGAUGCCGGAGGAGGACGUGGGCCUUUAG